AAACUUCGCCAGAAGUAAACACGAGUUCUCGCUCGUAAGUUCACGUUUUUGGCCAGAUUUCACACAUUCGCAAGGAUAUUAUUGUCCUGCGGGUAUCUGCGCAUCCGUAACACUAUUUUCACAUUGGCAAAAUGGGCAAGAAGAAAUUUAUCGACAAAAAGAAAGCGGUCACAUUCCGGCUGGUAAACCGUAGCCAGCAGGAUCCGCUGUACGUGGACGAAACGGCCCCGCAGCAUGUACUGGUUCCGGUUUUGACACCAGGCAAGGAUGACCCCCAAGCAUCUGGCACUGCUUCGCGGGCUCCCUCCUCCACUGGACAGAUCGACCCGGAAAAGCGCAAAAAAGAUCAGGCCAAGUUCGGCGUGUACUUUGACGACGAUUAUGAUUACCUGCAGCAUUUGCGAGAACCCGGUCGCAACGAGGUGUACUGGGAACCGGUCCAACCAGCCAAGACGGCCGGUGCCGAAAAGGUGAGCAUCCAGCUGCCCAGUUCGGUAUUUGCUUCCGAGGUGGAAGAGAAGGAAGGACUCAUGAAAAAGAAGGCACAACAGCGUCCGGGUCCCCGGCCGGACUGGGAUCCGGAUGUGGUGGCCGCAUUGGACGAGGACUUCAACUUCGAUGACCCUACCAAUGCGUUGGAGGAUAACUUUAUGGAACUGGCCAUGGGUGGCGAAGAUGAUUGCUUCGACGAAGAGGACGAAGACGGCGAGUACAGUGAUGUAGACUCGAAUGGGGCAGCAAUGUCGGAUGACGGCGACGAAAACCGGGACGGUUUGGGACCGUUGGCUUUCGAUCGGGAGGAGACCAAGUCCAGAUUCACAGAAUACUCGAUGAGCAGUAGCGUGAUUCGGAGAAACGAACAGUUGACGCUGCUGGAUGAUCGGUUCGAGAAAUUCUUCGAGCAGUACGACGAUCCGGAACUGGGAGCGCUGGAUUGUGAGGAUAUCGAAGGGCACGUCGAGAUCAAUGACGAUGUGCUGCUGCAGUACGCCGAAAGAUAUCGGAAGGAAAGGGACGAGAAGUACGACGUUGCUUACGAUAAGCAGUGGGACAAAGAAAGAAUCCUAAAACUGCAGGAAGUCUCGUCGGAUGAGGAGGAAAUGGUCGAAUUGGAAGUGGAAGACGAAACUCAAAAGAAGUGGGACUGCGAGAGCAUCCUGUCCACUUACAGCAACUGCUACAAUCAUCCCAAACUGAUCGAAGAGCCGAAGAAGCACAAAGCUGCAGCGAAAAUUAGCAUCAACCCGAAGACCGGACUUCCGAUGAAUGUCCUCGGAGCGGACGGCAGUAAGCUUACGAUGAAGUCGUUAGGCAAGCUGGAACAGGAGGGAAGCGCAUCAAAACCCGGUGGACCAAAGUCGCUGUGUGACGGAAGUGUAAUUUCCACGUUGAGUGUCCUGUCGAUUCGGCCCAAGGAUGAAACGCCCGAGGAGAAGCGGGAACGUAAGAAACUGCUGAAGGAUUACCGUAACGAGCGGAGGAUAGAACGGAAGGCCAACACCGAGGCGUUCAAGGAGGAGAAGAAGCAGCAGGAGAAAAUUCAGAUCAACAAACGGGCCACCGCCGGGGUACGGAUUGUGUAACCGCGGAAAUGUGGUCGGUAAGGUUUGCUGUCAGGUAAGUUUCAGGUAAUAUUCCUGUGUGCAGAUUAAGAUGUAUGAAUUA